UGACGAUGGACCGACGAAGCUCGCGCCAGCAACCUGCGGCGACAACGGGACCAGCAUCAGCCAAGGCCAUGGUUUCCCCACGUCGUCGCAGGUCGGCCAACGGGCAUGGCAGUGCUGACAGGAACGUUGGCGAGAUAUUCGUCGACAUCGAGAGUCCAGUUGGUUGCACAUCCCACACCGCGAGCGGAGGCACGGCUCCGUCAGCCUGGACAACUUCUACGCCUCGAAAGUCGUCGAUCCUUCGACGCGCAGCACUCCCGUCGGCCAACGACGAUGGAGGGACACAAAUCGGUGCGCUGUCCAAGGUCGAGGCCGAAUUCGACUUUGCCAUUAUCUUCAAACCGUCCCGAACCGACGAGUUUGGAGUCGCCGAGGGGUCGGACCGGCGGCUCAGCAUGGCUCCACCCGUCUCGUCAAAUCUGAAAGCGUUUUACAAAAAGAAUCCGCACAAAGCAAGCGCCGAGGUGCUGCGGCGUCUGCACACAGCGGGUCUGCAAACGAAGCGCAUUCGAUCGUUGGAUGGGAAGAAGCUCCUGGUCAAAGUCAAGGCGACUCAAGAAGCGCUCGAGCACGGAGCCGAGCAAAUGAAGCUGAAAAAGCAGCGACGAUGCGACUUGAUGUGGGUCGAGUUUUCCACGAAACUUCGGUCAACGUUUGUCGAUUUUGACGCGACAGCCGCCCCCGAAGGUGUCAUGCAAUUCCUCGACAAGGACAAGCAGUCGAUCGUGCACUUCUUACUGACAUCGGACGAAGGCGGGGCUGGCCUGAAUGACCACAACGAACUGUUUGGAGCUGUCGUCGAGCACAUGAUGCCGCUGCACAAGGCGAACUUGGAGUAUCUCAGGCAUGUAUGGGUCAGCUAUUGGCGCCCAUCGUCGCCAGCGUCGAAUGCUUGGGUCGCGCGGGUGGCAUGCCUUGGUCGGCUGAUACGGCACUGCUUGAACCAGCCGCUGGACGACGUGGCCAAGUAUUUUGGGGAAAAGGUCGCGUUCUACUUUGCCUGGGUCGAAAUGUACACAAAGUGGCUGGUAGCGCCCGUUGUCGUUGGGAUCUUUCUCUUUACCCAGCAAGUCGAGACUGCUUCGCUGGAUCAGCCCUUGGCGCCGUUGUACGCGCUGUUUAUGGCGGUAUGGGCGUCGUCGUUUCUCGUUGCGUGGAAACGACGGGCCAACUCGCUGGCGUAUCGGUGGGGCGUCCUUGGGUACGAAGACGACGAAGAGGUGCUCCGUCCGGCCUUCCGCCUCUCCACGAUGUCCUCCCGUUGCAGCUGGAAGCGCUGGCUCAAGUACAGUGUGACGUGGUCAGUCGUCGUGGGCUGCAUUGCUGCCAUCUUGACCAUCAUGUACACGGCGUUCACCGCCCGCGAUCGCGUCGAGGAAGAGAGUCUCGCCAUCAAAAACAACUUGACGGCGACGCUGCAGCAGCACAAUCUGACGCUGUCGUCGAUCCAUGACAUUCUGACGCCUCCAUUCUGGUUGUAUUGCCUUGUCAUGCCCAUGUUGUACGGACUGUGCAUCCCGCUGCUUGACAUAGCAUUCACGUGGCUCGCGACGAAGAUGACGAUUUGGGAGAACCAUGCGACCGAGUCGGCCCACCAGAGCGCGCUCAUCCUCAAAGUGUUUCCAUUUCGGUGCAUCCAUGUGUUUGCUACGCUCUACUACUACGCUUUCACCGCCGGCAACAACCUGCUGCGGGUGGCCAUUCAGCUCGCGACGUUCAUGUUGUCGGGGCAAAUGUGGAACAACGUGGUCAAGACUGGGGUGCCAUUGCUCCGUCGGCGGUACCAAUUGCGCCGGAAACGCCAGGCCACGACCAAAUUGCUCGACAACGACCAGCGCCACAACACUGGCGGCGGCCUCGCAGCGGGUGGAUCAAACAUGGAAUUGCACGGACGCUCCACCGUCACGAGAGCCCAGCACCAGUGCCUGCGUCUCGAGCAUGCGACGUCCGAAGUCUGGGACGAGUGCCAUCUUGACCCCUACGACACGUUCGAUGACUACACGGAGAUGCUUAUCCAAUUUGGGUACGUGAGUUUUUUCACUGUCGCGUUCCCCCUCGCCCCGUUGCUCGCGUUUGUGAACAAUGUCGUGUCUCUCCGCGUCGUCGCAUUCAAACUAUGCCACACGACGCAGCGCCCGCGCGCGUACAAGGCUAGCGGCAUCGGCAUCUGGUUGCCCGUCCUGCACAUGAUGUCUGUCGUUGCCGUCAUCACCAAUUGCCUUCACGUGGCUUUCACGACAACUCAAAUUGAGCAGUACUUGCCUGGCAUCACACCGUCCGCCAAGGUGUGGGUAGUUUUUGUGGCUGAGCAUGCAGUCGUGGCGCUCCAAUUUUGCAUCGCAUUUGCGGUGCCCACCAUGACCCCAGACGUCGCGGCCAAGGUGCGGCUCGAGCGCGCGUUUGCCAAGAGCGCGACGGCGACGUUGGUGACUUCGUUCCACACGUCGCCGCCGCAACAUGGUGAAGUGGAGGAUCCACCGGACGAAGCGGCCGCGGAAGACAUAAACGUGGAGCUCGUGCUUUAG